AUGAAAUUAAAAUAAGGAAUUGUUUUCAUAGAUUGUUAAUUGAAAUCAAAAGUAUAUAAAGUAGAAGGCUAUGCGAUUUCUAAAUUUAUUAAAAAUAAUGGCUAUAAAUUAAUCUAUUUUAACCAACUUGAAAAAGCUGAACAAUUUUAAAAAUAAGUCCAAUAAUUAUCUCAAUUAAAUUAAGUUGAUACUUUAUAUAAAAAUAUGUUGGAUGAUAUCACUUUUAUAUCAGUGAAAGGGUAUCAAAUGUCUAUAAUUGAAUAGCGAAAAAUCUGGAUCAAUUAGAGUUAUUGAUGUUAGAAAAUAAAAGAAUAAUAUUCAAUAAGAAAAGACCAAAAAUGUAGAAAAUACAAAAAUAUUAAAUAGCUAGCAUGAUUAUGGAUAGUAAAAUAACAUAGAAUACAAAGUUAAAUAAUAAGAUUGUAAUGGAAUUUUAGAUGAGAUUGAAUAAAAAACGAAGGAAACAUAAAUUAUUAGAUAGAGAUUAAUUCAUUUAGAAAAAUUAGAUUAAUAAUAUGAAAAUCUAUUAUUUCAUUAUCCUAAAAAUAUAGAAAGUGUACCAAUAUUAACAGAAAGUCUUUAUAGUCUUUAUUUUGAUGGUGCAAGUAAAUCUAAUCCUGGUCCUGCUGGUGCUGGAGUAGCAUUAUUUGAUAAUUUAAAUUAAAUUAAAGAAAUCUCUUAACCUUUAGGAAAGUAAACAAAUAAUUCAGCUGAAUUUUUUGCAUUAUUUAUAGGAGUUAGAUAUGCUUUAAAUUUAGGAAUCAAUCAUUUGGUAUGUUUUGGAGAUAGCAAAGUAUUGAAAUCCUUUAUAUUAGCUUAUAAUCGACGGCAUGAAUAAUAAAAUAACUUUUUAAUAACCCCAUUUGGGAUAUUUUUAAUAAGCUAUCAGCAAAUAUACAUAAUUAUUUAAGAAAGUGAGAUUUAUUCACAUCUUGAGAAACUAAAAUAAAAUUGCUGAUAAUUUAGCUUCAAAAGCGGCUCAAAAGUAGAAAAAUAUUGAUUAGUGA